UGUGCAAACAGCAGACGUCUCUUGUGUGUCAUGUAGAAAUGAACAGGAAGCUGUUGCUGCCGUUUUCUCUGAGCGGAAGACAUCGCUGUAUGUGGUGUCAGUGCCUCUAAUAACAGACAAAACAGUGUUAGAUCUGAGGAGAACGGGAGAGGAGUGGAGGUGAUGGACAGCGAAGGAGAUGCGGGAGAUUGUUCGCUGGAGGAGUUUCCCUCCAGCCCAGCGGAGGCCGAACAUGUGGAUUCGGAUGGUUUAUCCGUCCUGGAGCAGCUGGGACUGGACCAGAAUUCUGAUUUCUCCGACUCCAGCGUGCAGCAGAAGUUGGACGAGCAGCGAGAGAGGAUCCGGAGGGAGAUCCGGAAGGAGCUGAAGAUAAAAGCAGGAGCGGAGAACCUGCGGCGAGCCACCACUGACAAACGCAAUGCCCAGCAGGUGGAUAGCCAGUUACGCAGCUCCAGCCGCAAGCUGGACUCACUCCACGCUAAGCUGCAGGAGCUGGAUGCCCACAUUGUCGUCAAGGGUCACGAUGACAGCAAAGAUGACAUUCAGUCUCUCGGGACGCCAGGUCGCUCCUCAGCCAAUCAGGACAGGAUUAAGGCUUUGGAGCGACAGCUCAACAUUGAACUGAAGGUCAAACAGGGGGCAGAGAACAUGAUCCCCAUCUAUGCCAAUGGUGUUACCAAGGAUAAAAAACUGCUUCAGUCAGCACAGCAGAUGCUGCAGGACAGUAAGACAAAGAUUGACAUCAUCCGUAUGCAGAUCCGUAAAGCCAUGCAGGCCACCGAACACACAGAAGACACUCAGGGUAAGCCGGAUCUGUGUGGGGUGGAGCUUCGUAUCGAGGAGCUCUGGCAUCAUUACCGUGUUGAACAUGCCAUGGCCGAGGGCGCCAAAAACAUGCUGAGACUUCUGGGAGCUGGAAAAGCACAGGACAAGAAGGCCAUCGCUGAGGCUCAGUCCCGUCUCAGCGAAGCGUCCCAGCGCUUAGAUCUUCUGCGAGUGUCGUUGGAGCAGCGUUUGGUCAAUCUACCAGAAGAUCAUCCCAAAGUGUGUCUGAUUAAGGAGGAGUUAGUAUUGGCGUCAUCCUCAGCCUUCAGCUCCCGUCACAGCGCCCCCUAUGUCCACAAUCAGUACAGCACCCUCAGCAAACCCUCACCGCUCACCGGGACUCUCCAGGUGCGUCUGCUGGGGUGUAUGGGCUUGUUGGAGGUCGUCCCGGGCCGCAGCCGUGCAUCUCCGGUGGCUUUGCCUCACGGUCAUGGAGACGGACGACCCUUCAAACUCACUCUGAGCAGCAGAAACAGCAGCUUCAGCCUGAAGAUUCCCAGCAAAAGCGAAGAGCUGUCCUCGGAGGUGAGCGCAGUGUUGAAGCUGGAGAACUGUGUGGUGGGACAGACGUGUUGGAAGACUGUUGGUGAACAGACGUGGGAUCAGACCUUCACUCUUGAGCUGGAGAGAUCCAGAGAGAUGGAGAUUGCGGUGUAUUGGAGGGACUAUCGCUCGCUCUGUGCGCUUAAGUAUCUGAAGCUGGAGGACUUUCUGGACAAUCAGAGACAUCGAAUACAGCUGGAGCUUGAACCGCAGGGACUGCUGCUCGCCGAGGUAAAGAUACACACACAAACACAUGGUAACAGGGCAAACAUGGCCAGAAAAUCUGUACCGAAAGCAAUUUGCAUGAGUUUUAGGCUGUUUAGUGAUGUUUACACCAAAACAGUGACAAAAUUACUAGUUGUGACGCACUGA